UUUCUAAGCCGGAAGUGACGUACGCCGCGCUAGUGAGAUGCGUGGUUGCUAGGCGAGCUGAGGCCGCCAAGCCCGGGAGCGGCGGGGUGGAGCGCAGCUUUUGCGCACUACGUGAGGCUGCCGGCCGGCUUGGGACGGGGCUCUUCGGGUAAAAGCGGUGGAAGGAUGUACAAGGCGGCCGCUGCAGGCAUGUUUCAGGGGCAACAGGGCAAGGCCUUGUGAAAUGGCUCUUCAUGGCAUCCGUCGGGACAGAACAGCACCAUGCAGCAUCCAAACGUGACAGUGAGAAGCUUUUGACUGCCGUUCCUUCUUUCCGAUUUAGCGUGUGCAAAAGUAGGAGCCACAGCACCCGGUACACGCCUGUUUGGAAGCUAGAGAGGAAAUAUGUCGGUGUGACUAAUGAGAACAGGCCAGAUCACUGUUUUGUCCCCCCAGCUGUUCAUCUUUACUCCAGCUACGGCAAAGGGGUAGCUCCGCUUUCACCGACUCCCCCACUAAACCCACCAAGUGGCUCUUUUCACCGUCUCCGAUCCUUCCAUGACCCAUUUGAUAGAGAGCUGUUUCUCCAGAGACCUGUGAAUGACCAUACAUCCUUCCAGAGACUUGAGUCUUUGUGGCUAAGGCCAAAGAUUGCCAUUCUGAGGCCUUACACAGCUUCAAACAAGCAUCCACCUAUCACACCUACCCUAAAGUUACCCUAUAGCGCCAUGGCCACCUCGUUGAUAGAUCAGCGUCACUUGCCAAGUGCAGCUGGUGAGCCACAUGACAUUUCUGUACGGAACCCAACCCGAAUAGCAACUAGGACGCUUUCGGAGAACCCAAGACCGGCCCUAGUCACAAACUCAUUCUUACGGCCCAGCAGCGCCAAAGUACAUUUCUAUCCGCGAUUAGACAGGAAGCCGAUGAAUAGCACUUCUAGUUCUCCAUUGCACCAUGGUCCAAAAGACAUAGGCCAGUCUAAAGAGGAGACCCAGCCAUAUUGCCACAGCUGUAUUCACCCAGGAACUACUUCCACCGACCACAAGGGAGCAGCAACAGCCAAAGCGAAUGAUGACAUUCUCUGGAAAAUGGUUGAAGAUAAUAAUGCUGUGGACAUCAUGCACUACCAAGAGGCUCAACUUACUGAAUUUGUGAAGCAGUUAACAGAUAAGGGAGACCUGUUAAAAACAAGCCACAUUGUCCCACCGCUUGAAGCAAUACCUGUAAUUUGUGACGACACUGCGUAUACCAGCUGCAAGGAAAGUGUUCCUUUUGCCUUAAAUCCAGCUGGACACCCACAACCUACCCUCUUGCCAUCUGUUUCUGGUGACGUUUGCCUUAAUGGCAAUGUUGAUUGUACCUUAGCCAAUAAUGCCAAUGCCUGUACCCAGCAGGCUGCUGCUCAUCUCAAAGCCCAAAGUCCUGGUGCUUCAUGUGAAAGUAACUCAUGCCCCAGUUUAUAUACACUUGCCCCAAAGAGUGAGUCCCAUCUGCCAGAGAUUGGGAAUAAUGUUCAGGGGGUCAACAUAACUGUGAUGGCCACCCAGAUAUCCACAAUCCACCUGAACAGGACUUCUGGUGCCAAAGAUACCCAAGCACAGCCUGAGCGUAUUGAUGACUUACCGUCUCCUGUGCCAAAUCAAGAACUGGAUGGCAUUGAGGAGGAGCUCCCAGAUGACUUAGAUGACAGUGAGGUAGAGGAGGAGGAGGAGGAUGAUGAAGACAGCAACGUGGACCAAAGCAGUUCAAUUGGAAUCCCCUCCGCUGCAUCUUCAUUUUCUAACGCCAGGCAAAUCGAUGAGUCCGUAGAACAGAUGUCUUCAGAAAUGGAUUACACAGUGAAACCUGCUUUUUCCAAGAGUCUCUUCCCCAAUGUUCACCCAACAUUAUACUUUGGCACUCAAGAAGAAAAGGUGGAGCUGUUACCAUGGGCACAGAGGAAGCUGCUGAAAUGGAAAAUGAGCAACGUAACCCCGAAUGUAGUAAAGCACACUAUUGCACGUUCUCACUUUCGAGUCACAAAAAAAAACCAAGACUGGUUGGGAUGCUGGGGUCACCAUAUGAAGUCCACUGCAUUUAAAUCCCUCCGGGCAUAUCAGAAGCUAAACCAUUUCCCAGGCUCCUUUCAGAUUGGCAGGAAAGACCGGCUGUGGCGCAACCUUUCUAAAAUGCAAGCCCAUUAUGGGAAGAAAGAGUUCAACUUCUUUCCGCAGUCGUUUGUUCUUCCUCAGGACAUCAAGUUGCUAAAGAAAGCCUGGGAGGAAGGUGGAAACAGGCAGAAGUGGAUUGUGAAGCCGCCUGCCUCAGCCAGAGGGAUGGGGAUCCAAGUUAUACACAAGUGGAGCCAGCUUCCCAAGAAAAGGCCAUUGUUGGUGCAGAGGUACCUUCACAAGCCCUACCUCAUCAGCGGGAGCAAGUUUGAUCUGCGAAUUUAUGUUUACGUCACCUCCUUCGACCCCCUCAGAAUCUACAUGUUUACAGAUGGCCUUGUGCGCUUUGCUAGCUGCAAGUAUUCUUCUUCCAUGAAAAGCCUUGGCAAUAAGUUCAUGCACUUGACAAACUACAGCGUGAAUAAAAACAACGCAGACUACCAGGCCAACCCUGACCAAACUGCAUGCCAGGGCCACAAAUGGGCGCUGAAGGCGUUGUGGAACUACCUCAACCAGAAAGGGUUCAACAGUGAUCGAAUCUGGGAGAAGAUUAAAGACAUAGUGAUAAAGACCAUUAUUGCCUCUGAUCCCUAUGUGAACAGUUUUGUGAAGAUGUACGUGCAAAGCCCAUACUGCUGUCAUGAACUGUUUGGCUUCGAUAUCAUGCUGGAUGAGAACCUGAAGCCGUGGGUACUGGAAGUCAAUAUCUCCCCAAGCCUCCAUUCCAAUUCUCCACUGGAUAUAAGCAUCAAAGGCCAAAUGAUCCGAGACCUCCUCAACCUUGCUGGCUUUGUUCUUCCCAGUAAAGAUGAAGUGUGCACGGCAAGUCCCAGCGGCUCUUCCAUCAGUGAGUCCAGUGCGGGAAAGGAUAAAGGGCAUUCGUUGGAGAUAGUUGCUGAAGAGAAGAUGAAGCGAGCCCGCUACCUCAUACAGAAGAUCCCUGAUAAGGAUCUCUAUGCUACUGUACUUGACCACCUAACACCAGAAGAUGUGCGAGUUCUGGUGGAGACCGAGGAUGAGCUCUCUCGCUGCGGCCAAUUUGAACGCAUCUUCCCAUCUCCCAUUACCUCGCGGUACCUGCGCUUCUUCGAGCAGCCUCGUUACCUUAACAUUCUCACCAACCAGUGGGAGCAGAAAUAUUACACAGACCGAGAGAGAGGACGUGACUUGCUCAGAAGCUUUUGCUUAAAGAAUUACCAUUCUGGUACAGUGCUGCCUUCCCAGCUGUUCUCAUUCCCGAGAUCACCGACUCGAACUGACGCGCAUCUAAAUGGCUUUACUAGAUCAGAAGUGAUGCGGCAUGGCCCCCUGCCCAAUAAUCCUAGUGGCGGAGACACUGGCCAACUAGAACUCGGCAAGCAACCUCUCUCAUCCCAGACUCUCUCCAGUGUGUCUGAAUCGGCCUUCAUCAUGUGACAAGCCUCGCUCUGACUCCCUAAUCCUGCAUUGAAGAAUCUACCUCAAAGUACUAUCCUUACGCAGCUGGACCCUGGCAAACCCAUUGCCUAGGGUAGGGGUGCUGGAGGGGCAUCUUUUCUAGCUGCACCCUUGUGUGAUGGUCUCGCUCUGGCAAUAAAUGAGUUUUUGGCACACAAACUCUCGGAGGUGAAACUCUUAUAAUCAUGUUCCUAUAUUUUUGUUAAUGAAAAACAUCGUAAGUGCCUCAGGUUCCUGAAACGGGGGAAAUGUGGAGCCACAGAGAAAUAACCCGUUUGGACUUUUAUUCAUAUUGGAAAACCUGGUUCCAAAGGGAACCCACCUGCGUUUUUGUGCUUUAGGGUCUGUACAGGGAGGUGUUUAGCCCCCUGCUCCUAGUCUGGAGUUUAAUGGCACUGCACUGGUUAAAUGCUGUAGUGAUGUAGCGGUGCAUUAUGGUUACAGGGCCUAUAGGCAUGGCUAAACCCUAGUGUGCACUCCCUGGUACAGACUAUUGCUUGCCCCAAGCACUAACGUUUCCUACAGUUUGCUCAGCCUCCCACCCAGCUGUGUGACCCCUGCUGGGAGUUUCUGCCCUUCAAAUUUAUGCUGCAAACAACUGUGAUAUAAACCAUUCUGGAGCAUGUAUCUGCUACUGGCCGACCUGGAAAUGUACUGGCUGGGCCUGUCUGCCUGAUCUGCACAAUCUGACCACCCACAUGUGUGACCCGAUUGGCCUAAUAUCCAGCAGAUCGGCCACUGAGCCUUUAAUCCUGAUAGGGUGAGUGGCACGAGUAAUGGUUACGGGUUGCUAACGGUCUGUACGGGGUUAACUGCAGUCAUUUCAUUGCCCUCUGCUGUGAUAGGGUGAGCUCUGUUCUUCAUGGGUUUAUUUCUUUCUUUUGUCAAAAUAAUAUAUUAAUAAUAAUAAAGCAUCAAUUUGCAAAU